AUGGAAUCAAACUCCAUUGGCGUUACUUUUGGCGGGAAUUUCGCACAUUGUUUUUCCAAGAAAAUAUCUAUUUUUAAACAAAUUUAAAGCAAAAAAUCGUUUUUUAUAGGUAUUAAUUCUAUUUCAAAUUUUAGUAGAGAAUUUAUUUAUAUUCGAAGCCUCUUUUGUGUGGAUUUUGGAUAUUUUUUUUUAAGAUAAAAUAUGGAAUAGGGUACCUUAGCUACUCUUUUCGUAUGGAUUGAAUGCCAGUGUUGUAGUGGGUGGUGUGGUGAAUAGUCAGUUUCUGAGUUUCUUGAGACACCACACACUUGUUGCGAUUUGUGACUUUUUUUGAUUGAUUUUACAUAACAGAGACACACGUGUUUUUAAAAUUGAGUGAACUAAUUUUGUAAAGAUAAUCAGUCAAGAAAUAAAUAGUAGUUUUGAAGUUAAAAAUAUGUUGGCAAAAUCAUCCAAGAAGGCCAAAGCCAAAGGCUCAGGUGCCGUAGACAAUUGGUUAGAAAAAUUAGAUUUGUACAGGAAAAAUGUUGCUUAUGAUGAAACCUGCCUGUUUCGUGCUGCUAGUGAACAGAUUUACGACUGCCAAAUUUACCAUGAAAAAGUACGUAAAGAGUCGAUCGAGUAUGGCAGACUACAUUUUGAUCAAUUCAAAUUCUUAGUAGAUAUAGAUGAUCAAGAGGCUUGGGAAACUCAUUUAAAUAAGCUUGAAAAUCAUAUGGUCGUAUGUGGAAAUAUUGAGAUCCAUUUGAUAAGCAAGACGUAUGGGCGUGACGUCCUAGUAUUCCAUGCAAAUCAGCAAAUAAUCUAUGAUGUCACUAAACAAUCGUCACCCACUGUGCCCAUAAUGCUUUGCCUGAUGGACGAUGAUCAUUAUGAUGUUGUCUAUCGCAAGGAGCAGAUUAAAACUGCGGGAUUUUGUCAAUCGCUCGUUUAUAAACUGCUAUAUGGAAAUGUAUUCAAAAUCCCUAACGUAGAAGACAUAGUUGAUCAGAUGCUUAAUUCAAAUAACGUAACUGUUAUCAGUGAACAGGAAUUAGAAAAACAAAAAGAAAAAGGGAAUGAUGUGAAAGUUGAAGAGAUUAACGAUGUUGUGGUUGCACCAUUUCCUUUCAAAAUAGCCAAAGCUUUGGAUCCUAAUAUUUAUAGAAACAUUGAGUAUGAUUCUUGGGGUCAAGCUAGAAGAGAAAUAAGGCUUGGCGCAUGGUAUCAUGGAGAUGACAAGCUAAUACUUGGUACAAAGUGCAUGUUCAAAGAUUCAGAGUCCGAUAAGUCGUUCGAGUGUUACAUACAGGACCUUUCCCUAGAUGAAGGCAUGUGCCUUGUGUUUUUGACUGAAUUGGGUGAGAGGCGGAAAGUGAAAUAUUCAGAUUUGGCACCAGAGACCAACGCUCAACCUUGGCCUUUGCCUGUCAGAUUUGUCAAAAAUAACCAAGGACAUACCUAUCAACUGGCUUUCUUGGAUAAACAUAAAGAUUCACGAAGAAGGAACACCGAUAGAAAACAUAGCAGAAGCAUCAACGAUUUGUCUGAUGUGGAAAAAUUCGAUGAUAAUAUUAACGCCUUUAUUGGUACACCAUUGCAAAUGAAAAAUAAAAAGAAAAACAAGAAUCAGCAUCCUCAAACAGAAGCAUGUGAAACAAUUUCACCUGCUCUUCCUGAAUCCCAAGGACCAUUGACAUCUGAUAUCAAUAACUAUCCACAAAGGUACCAAUGGGAACCAGUGCAUUGGCCCACUCCUGUACAAUACAUCUCAGCUGAGCCUAACUAUUAUCCUCAGUCACCAGAGCCAUUUAUCUGGCCACAAGCACCAGCUACUCCAUUUUUUGACUACAAACCAAUGUUAGCAUCAGCUCCAGCUACUCCAAAUGUUGUGCCAUAUCACGACAAUUCCUACCCUUACCUCUACAACUACCAAUUAGAAGAAUAUCCGCUUUAUUUUCCAUUAACCCCUACCACUCCGUCAACCAGUCAACAGUUUACAUAUAACCAAACCGAAUGGCCUGAGGAAAAUUAUAACAAUAACCUUAGCAAUGGGAUGUAUUGUCCAUGUCCAUUGCCAUGUAGUCUUCAAAACAGUCCAGGAACUAAUGUGAUGUUCACGCCACAAACUCCGCAACCUUUGGACAUGUAUUCGCCACUUUUGAAUUAUCCAUCAGUUCCAGAUUCCCCAACUAUUUACACUGCCCCGCCGCCUCCCCAACCGGACCUGGUAUCUAACGCCCACAUUUACACUCCUAUUAUACCUACAUCGCCAAUGAUUGACCAGCAUCUGCCACCAACUCAAGGGUUCAUUUAUCCAUCGCCUUCUACUCCAAACGGACCUGGCGUAGACUGGGAAUGGUACCAACAUCCACGACCGAAUUCUUCUUAUAACUCGCAAGGAUUUAUUUUUCCCCAGCCAGAUGAAAAUAAUAAUGAUUAUGAAGACUAUCAGGAGAACUAGUAAUAAGGUUUAUUUUGAUUUAUUUUUUUUAAGAAUUAAGCUUUUUGUUUUUUCUGUUAUGUUCUUAGUAGUUAUAAUGUUUAAUAUUUUCUCAGGUUAGCAUAUUUAUAUUAUUUUUGGUUAAUUUGAGUUGCUUUUUAAAGAAUUGAGUUUUUAUUUAUUUUUUUUGCCCUUAAAUAAAUAUAAGAAGACAACUUAUAGUAUUAAGUACACUGCAGUUUAAUGUUUACUUAUAAGGAUAAUGUAACUGUAAAACAGUAUUGCUUUAUUAUUCUAUUAUUUUUUGCCUUUGUAUCUUUUUUGAAUUAAAUAAUUUAUAAGACUUAUAACUUACAGUAUUACCUACACUGCAGUUUAAUGUUUGGUAUAAUAAGAUUAUCAUUCAAGAAUUUUUUGAACUGGAAACAGUAUUUAUUUUUCAUUAUUUAGGAUAAGGCUUUAUUUUCGUAUUAUUUUGUAACUUGUAAGACUACACAUUUUUCAUGCCUAAAAGGACAUGAAUGAGUAUUAUAUUUAAUCCCGAAGUGCCAAAAACUCAACAUGUGAUUUAGGCUAUAUUAUGUAUUUUGUUCUUGUUAUUACCAAAGUCAUAGGCGCCGACUCUUUGGGGGCACGUGCUUCCAUAGUGAACAUGAAACUAGCAACUAUUAUUAGUUUUUCUCUCAUCUUUUUGGUGCUUUUGCUAUUUCUGCCUCCUAGAGUGAUUUUAAAGAUUCGGUGCCUAUGGCCAUAUUUUUUUAGGAAUUUUGUUUUGUUUUGUACCCUUGUUAUAUGGGAAAUGAAGGUUUAGUUUAUAUACUUGUUUAAAAUUUCAUGGGAAAUGAAAUUAAAAUAUUAAAAG